CCUCGGUACCCACAAUGCACCGCGGGGCGCGGCACUGGGGCUCGCUCUGGGCCGUGCUGGUGUCGCUUCUGCCGUACUGGUUCGUACUGGUUUGUACUGGUUCGUACUGGUUUGUACUGGUUUGUACUGGUCCGUACUGGUCCGUACUGGUCGCAUUCUGGGCCCGCGCGCAACGGCAGCGCUUCACUUCCGCCUCGUUACCCACAAGCCUUUGCGCCACGCCGUACCGCGCCUCGUUACCCACAAUGCUUCGCUUCACUUCCGCCUCGCUGCCCACGGCGCCCCGCGCGGAGCGGAAGUGACGCCAGCGGAAGCGGAAAUGGAGCCGCCCACAGCGGAGGAGCUGCGGCAGCGGCUCCAGGAGCGGCUCCAGGCCGAGCACGUGGAGGUGCGGGAGAACCCCCAGCUGUGCCCCGGAAGUUUCCGCGUCGUCGUCGUUUCCGGAACUUUCCGCGGCCUCAAAACCCUCCAGAGGCACCGGCUCGUUAACGAGGCGCUGAAGGAGGAGCUGGGCCGGAUCCACGCCCUGGAGCAGCGCACGCUUACGCCCGAGCAGUGGGAGGCGGAGCGCGCCUCAUUAGCAUAAAUUUGCAUGCUGCCUCUUCCGCCCCCGCUCCGUUUACAUGGAUUUGAAUAAAUUAGCGUGGCCUUGCUCUGAUUGGUUGAGGCCGCGCCCCUCUUCAGGGCCUUAAAUGGAGGCGGAAGGGGGUGGAGUUAACGCUCAUUCGCAUAAAUUUGCAUAAAGGCAAUAAACAUUCCUUAUUUGCA